AUGUCCGAGCCCCAGUCUGUGAAGUCCUCAGAGGCGCCCACCUCUGUCGAAGAUUCGAAUGCACCGCAGCGGCAAGGGGAUGUUUUAAAACUGCAAAUAUUUUGCAAGAAGUUCAACAACAUCGGAGAAAAGGCGAAAACGGAGUGGUUCAAUAGUGAAGUGAAAUCCAAUGUUGAAUAUACUCUCGAUGCAGCAACUGGCAAGGCGCGUUACGUUUUCGUCAAGUUCAAGAGUGCUGCGGACACUGCCCAAUUCAAGAAUGAUAUUGCUGAGCUGAAGUUCAAAGGCGCCGAAUUGGACAUACAUGAUUUCUAUGGCGGCGAUAAAAGUAAGAGAACUCGCAAGGCGCGGUGUGAAACUGAAGAGAGAGCGGCUUUGAGGAAGAAGAGGAGGAUGGAGAACAUAACUUUGAAGGAAAUGCGGGAGAAGGCGAAAUACGAGAAGGAUAAAACUCUCCUAGAGAAGAGCGCGCCGUUGUUCACAUAUUCAUAUGCUGAGCAGUUGCGGUUGAAGGAGCAGUUCAUCAUGCAUGCUGCCAGGAACUUCACGAGGGAGGUUAAAGCACACUGCGAGAAGAGGCAGUACCCGUUUCCUAAUUGGGCUAGGGUUCAUAAGAAUAAGCCUGGUUGCACAGUCCAUGAGAUAGUGGGAAGUCCGGAGACGAAUCUGGAGGGAUACCGCAACAAGUGUGAAUUCACGAUUGGAUAUUCAGAUUUCCAAUGUAGCAAGCCUGAGGUUGGUUUCGUACGGCGAGUGGAAGGACACGAGCUACUAAUUGAGUCUGGGAAGGCGCUACCGCAUAUUCCUGCAUGUAUGAAGGCGAUCGAAGGAGAGCUGAGAAAACUGGUACUGGAAAAUUACGAUCAGGUGAAGCCGUUCUCUAGGCAUCAGAAGAAAGGCACUUGGCGUCAAGUAAUGCUACGAUGGUCACCAUCUCGCGAUCAAAUGCUGAUGGUCGUUAUGUGCUGUGAGCCUUACGAGUUGGCCACCAACAUCAUCAAGACGUGGGCUGAGAGUGCUGCUAAUAAGAGUCUACCGGUGCCGGUGAGUUCCGUCUUCAUGCAGACUAAUAAUGGAGUUUGUGAUGCAUGCGAUAUGAAGGCUGAAGAUCUUCAUCAUAUAUAUGGUGACACGAGAGUGAUGAUGGAUAUGCUGGGCCUGGAGUUCCCAUUGCAACCUGCAUCCUUUUUCCAGACGAACGUGGUUAUGUGCAAGAAACUGUAUACAAUGGCAGUACGCCUAGCUCUCACUGGGUCUCCAGAUGGGGACGAUUUACCAAAAUUGGAGGAACUGGAUUCGGCUAAAAUGCCGGCAGCAGUAGUCGAUGUAUGUUCAGGGGUGGGAACUAUAACUCAGGUUUUCGCCAGCAUCCUGGGGCCUAAACCCGAUGGAAAGCCUCGGGUGUAUGGUCUGGAGCUCGUCCCGGAUGCUGUAGAGGAUGCCAAGGCGUCGGCUAGGGCUAACAAGUUGGACAGCUCAGUGAGGUUCAUUGCAGGAAGAGCCGAGGAGACCAUCGAAGAUGUGAUCAAGGAAGCAUGCUCGGAUAUCCAGGGAGGUCAGAAGUUGACGGUUAUAGUAGACCCGCCAAGGUACUUCGAUGCUUGA